UUAGGCGAGAGAGAAUGCGGAGCAUGUUGGGCUUUUGCAGUCGUUGGUGCUGUUGAGGUCCUUUUGUCCCACACACUGAGGAGGAAAAUCAUGCUCUCUAAACAAUAUCUGAUUGACUGCACUCCAAACUCUGAUUGUGAAAAUGGUGGUGAUGUCCUAGAUGCUAUAUGGAACAUUCAGGUGUAUGGACUGCCGACUGCACAUUAUUACCCGUACAAAGCAGAGAAAGGUCGGUGUAACCCGUAUGUAAGAGCUUACGUGAAAAUCACUGAUUACAAGGACCUCUCAGCCAAGAAAUUCAACACCGAACAAGCAUUGACCCAGAACAUUGAAUUACUGGAGAAAUAUUUGGAAGAAGGUCCAAUCGUAACAAGCAUGUACGCUCCUAAAGAGACCCAGUUCUACCUUUAUGGAGUGUUCGAUGUCCCUCAUUGCACCAAUGAUAAGGAAUUAAAUCACGAAGUUGUCAUUGUUGGGCAUUUCAAAGAUGCGUGGAUUAUUCGGGGUAGUGAAACCAGUAGUUGGGGCUUACAGGGUCACUUUCUGGUCAAAAAAGGAAGAUGUGGGGUGGGUCUACAAGCUUAUGGUGGAAUAGUGAUUGCCCCAUUUCCACAAGAUAACUCCCGAGGCAUGCAACAAGGCUUCACACCGAAGCGUCAACGUCUAUGGACAUGAAUAGUGAAAGUAAACGACAUUCAAUCAAAAAUCAUUGUACAUACAAGAAUCAUGCUCCGCCCUGCUUCACCACCAUUGGCGGAUACAGCAAUUUGGCAACAUUGUUUUUCUUCAU